UCCUUCUGGGUACCGUCCAAAUCAGAGGGGCGGAUAAAAUCCCACAAAUGCUCCUCUUCGCUCCCACCCCGCCGCCGUCGCCGGCCACCGCUCACCGGCGACCGGGUGGCAGCGCUGCCUCGUGCAUCCGCUGCUCGAGCGUGCGCGAGCUUGAUAGGUCCCCGAGCCGCCCGCCGCUACCGCCGCUGGCGGAGGCGAAGCGGGUGGUGCUGGUGCGGCACGGGCAGAGCACCUGGAACGCGGAUGGACGCAUCCAGGGGAGCUCCGACUUCUCCGUGCUCACGCCCAAGGGGGAGUCCCAAGCGGAGACCUCCCGCCUCAUGCUCCUCGCCGACUCCUUCGACGCCUGCUUCACCAGCCCGCUCGCCCGGUCCCGCCGCACCGCGGAGAUCAUCUGGGACAGCCGCGAUAAGGACCUCAUCCCGGACUACGACCUCCGCGAGAUCGACCUCUAUUCCUUCCAGGGGCUCUUGAAGCAUGAAGGGAAGGAGAAGUACGGGGCUCUGUUCCAGCAGUGGCAGAAGAAUCCAUCAGACUGCAGCAUCGAUGGGCACUACCCAGUGCGGGAGCUCUGGGACCGAGCGCAGGGCUGCUGGGAGAGGAUCCCGACACACGAGGGCAAGUCAGUUCUUGUGGUUGCCCACAAUGCAGUUAACCAAGCGCUCGUUGCCACAUCCUUGGGACUUGGCACCGAGUACUUUCGGACUCUGCUCCAAAGCAAUUGUGGCGCUAGUGUGCUGGAUUUCACCCCACAGCCCGGCGGACGCCCUCCAAGUGUGUGCCUUAACCGCUUAAAUCAGACCCCGAACUCUCCUAUUUCUGCCGAAAGUUCUGCAGGUAGAAAGUCGAGCAAGCGGAUCAUUCUAGUUUGUCAAGGGGCUACACAGAGCAGUUCUGAGGGUAGUUUAGGCGGAGUGGGUUAUGCACCGCUGAACAUGCUGGGUGUUAUACAGGCUCAGAAGACCGCGGAACUACUUCUAGAUCUGAAGGUGAACAGUAUUAUCUGUAGCCCACAAGUCGCAGCUGUUGAUACUGCAACUGCCAUAUGUGAGGUCCAAGAGGCUGCUGAUUGCUUAGGUGCUGACUGUGUGCCUCGUUAUGUUGAAAUGAAGAAUUUGUUCGGACUCGAAAUUGAUGAUGCCUUUCUAACAAAGCAAAAGAGCCUUGAACAGAUAGUUCAGUCUGGUUGGAUGGGCGGCAUGGAACACCAAAAGCUUAAGACAUUGUGGGCUCAGUCCGAGGAUGCAUGGCAAGCUUUGGUAAACGAAUUGCCAGAUGAUGAUGGCGCUGAUUCAGACCGAGUCGUUGUCGCUAUCGGCCAUCCUGCCAUCCACCUGGCACUGCUCUGCAGGUGUCUGGACCUAACAAUGGAUUACAUGCCGUCUUUCCAUCUGGACGACGGCAGCAUCAGCGUGAUCGAUUUCCCGGAUGGGCCGAAAGGAGGAGGCAUCGUCAGAUGCACCAAUUACACGGCCCAUUUGGGCAGAUGGUCGGUACCCAUCACAAAAUCAACAGAAAACAAUGAUGAAUUCUGAAUUAAUUUUUGUACAGAGGUAAUUAGCAUCUCCCAUUUUUUUCGCUGUAAAAAGAAACAUCUUCCAUUUCUUGGUGGGGGGAGUAUCAUCCUUCAGGAAAAUGAAUUGAGCCGGUAGAUAUCGUACA